AUGGGAGACAAAGGAAAGAGAAGAGCGAUUGCUGCUACUCUAAUUGGAAGUUAUUUUAAGGAAAGGACUAUGACAGGCUCUCAACCAACUUUGAAAAGUGUCUUGGCCAGUAAACAAGUUAAACACAAGGUUAAGUUGGGGCUUGCAAGAUGGAUCAUUGAUGCACAGAUUCUAUUCAAUGCAAUUCAAUCGCCUUACUUUCAACCUGCAUUGGACGGCGUUGCUGCAAUUGGACCUAGUUUCAAGGGACCGUCAUAUGAUGAAAUGAGAGUUCAUUUGCUGGCCGAUCUUAAGAAGGAGUGCCAGUUGCUUGUUGAAGGUUAUAGAAGCUCGUGGAAAAAGACUGGUUGUACACUGAUGGCAGAUGGCUGGACUGAUCAAAGGCAGCAUACGUUAAUUAAUUUUCUAGUUUAUUAUCCUACUUGUAUGUCAUUUGUUAAGUCUGUUGAUGCUUUUGAUAUGAUAAAAACUGCCGAUACCUUGUUUAAAUUGUUUGCUGAGGUUAUUGAGUGGGUUGGGUCUAGUAACAUUGUGCAUGUGGUUACUGAUAAUGCUACGAAUUAUGUAUCUGCUGGAAAACUCAUUCAUGAAAAGUAUCCAAACAUUUUUUGGUCUCCUUGUGCUGCUCAUUGCAUCAAUCUUAUCUUGAAAGACAUAGCAAGUCUUCCUCACAUAGCUGACCUUGCCUCUCGUGCUUCAAAAGUGACUGUCUUUGUUUACAAUCAUAUGAUUUUCUUGUCAUGGCUUAGAAAAAGAAAAGAGUAG